CGUGCUCAUUUUCUUGAUCAUUGAAGUGGUCUUAAGGCAGUCGAUGAAACCGCAGCGCAGUGCCGGUCUGUGCUAGUGGUCACCGCCUUGGCUAUCACCUCCUUACUACGACAAUAUGUCUGCUCCAACCGUUCCAAGUAGCUUGCAGAUUUACAACUCAUACGUCGAAGACCCCAUAUGGCAACGUAAAUUCACCAUAAUCUGGUGCUCUGGCCUGGCGCUGGCUGUGGUCGUUUCUGUUCCCAGCUUGAUUCUUGGUUUGAGGAACGGGCGUUCCCUCAAGGGCAUCGCUGGAGUCUCAGAGACCAAUGGAUAUCGGUCCGCGUAUGGGUCAGAUGGCAAGAAGCCCCCGCCUAUCCGACGGCGAAGUCGCAGAUUAGUUGGAGCUUGGAAUGCCCUUAUCUCACCGACGUACUGGUCUCCUCCGAAGCUUGGAUUAAAUCUUGGACAAAUCAUAAUAUUGUUGGCGUACCUCGCGGCUGUACUGGUCUGCAUCAUAAAGGAUGUAUCUCUUAUUUCAAACCCCAAUAGAGCUGGAUUUCUCGCUCUUGCACAGUUCCCGGUCGUCUUUUUAUUCGCAACAAAAAAUUCAAUUCUGUCCUUACUGUUAGGACCAGGGAAUGGCUACGAGAAACUCAAUUUUAUGCAUAGGAUGGCGGGAAGAGCUAUGUUCCUUGGUGGAUGUAUUCAUGGGUCCUUGUGGAUACGCAACCACCUACAGUAUGGACUCCCGAUUCUUGGUCCGCAGAAAGAGACUUCGGGAGUAGCUUCGUUGGCGCUGCUCUGCAUCAUUGUCCUUACGUCUUUGAGGCCAGUCAGGAUAUUAUUUUACGAGUGCUUCUUCGUUAUCCACGUUUUGACAUAUGUGGCAUUCUUUGUCACCAUAUGCUACCAUACUAUAUAUGCGUCACCGUGGAUAUUCCCUCCCCUCGCAUUAUAUGGUGCCGAUGUGUUAUUACGCCUACUCCGUUAUCGAAUCAAGGACGCCACACUCACUGCGCAGGAUGAUCAAAUGACUCUGAUCCGCGUCCAUAACUGCGACGAUGGCUGGCUUGCUGGUCAGCAUGUCAGAUUGCGUGUUUUCUUCUCCAAUAGAGUGUUUGAAUCCCACGCCCUCACUAUUCUCUCCGCUCCGCCUUCCCACUCGUGCCUGACCUCCCCUGGAUUCCUUCUUGCCGCACGAACCAAUGGAGACUGGACGCGGGCAUUAAAUAACUAUACCAGAAAGGAACAAGAACGUUUACAGAUCGAUGAGAAGCCCGACGUCGAUUCAUCUGCUUCCGUUCAGGUUAUGCUGGAUGGUCCUUAUGGGGGUUCAAGUAUCGAUCUGGGUCGAUACGAAAGCGUGUUCCUUAUAGCCGGCGGGUCUGGCAUCACAUUCACUCUUGGUCUACUGGACGACAUCAUCGGUAGAUGUGUAAAACUAGGUCGCAGUCAAGGGGAACGAACGAGGAAGAUUGAAUUCAUUUGGUGCAUUAGAUCUUUCGGUCAGAUAGAAUGGUUCGCUCCGAUGCUGGUGGAUAUUGCUACGGCAGCAUCAGAUAACUCCAUUGACCUGCACAUCUCUAUUUUCGUAACGUGUCUUUGCAACCCGGAAGCGGUGCCUCAUAUUCCCAACUCCAUUGUCACUCUGUCUCGUCCGUCUGUCCAGGGUCUUCUCAAGGACUUCAUCAGUCUUUCGCCUACCUCUGAGAAGGAGGGUUCGAUCGAGCCCCGUAUUGAUGAAAGCCAAGAGUGGCGAAGCUCAGGUGGAGGGGUCGCAGUCUGCGCCAGUGGCCCAGAGAGCUUGACAAGAGAAGCACGGAAUGCAGUUGCGAGACUAGGUUUAACCAUGAACAUGGACGUGGGCGGUAUUGCUUUACAUACAGAGUUAUUUACUCUGUAAUGCUAAAGUGAAUAUCGGAAUUUCAUCUCGGUUGUUUGAUGAUGUAGUCUCUGUAAUGCUAGGGCUAAUUUUGGGGUUAUAUUCUCGUCAGUGAUUCUCGACGUUUUCUGAAUGCUUGAG